UGCGCGAGUACCUUUACACUGCUGAGUAAGAGAAUACCCGGCAGGCCGGCGUAAUAAGCUUAUGAUACAUGAAGCCUCGUCUCCCUAAAGCGCGGAUCUCUCACGGGGAAACUCUGGAGUGCUACAACUUUACACGUUGAAGCUAUUGUUGCCGAUCGCCGCACCUUCGUCCACUGUCCACGUCGGUUAAAAAGAGAGAAGCUGACUUCGCUAUCACCUUUACCUGUUUCCCCGCGCAACUCUUUUAUCUCGCGCGCAUGCGCGCCCCGUUUUGACAGACACCAGCAUGAAAGGUGCCGACAAGGAAUUGCGUUAGUGUGCGCGCACUGUGUUGGGGCAUCGAUCUACGAGGUCUCUCACAUAACGCAGGUUCGGCGACGGCGACGGACGUGGAACCGGGAAAAGGCAGCGGCACGUAACGAGGGUUUCAUUAUCAGCUACGGUGAUUUCACGCUAGCGAGCGCGAACCGGCGCGCAUAUGCGUGUGCGAGAGUGAUCGGAUAGGCGUGUCGUACCGGCUGCAACGUCUCGGCAUCCGUCACUUGUUUAACAGCGGCCACACCAGCAGUCACACCAGUGCCGUGUUAACGCUGGCCUGUGCGUUUCAGCGGACAUCGAGCGUCGUCGAAAUUGACCGUUAGCGGAGAAGAAGUAGAAGUAGAAGAAGAAAAAGAGAAGGGAAGAGAGAGAGAGAGAGAGAGAGAGAGAGAGAGAAAAAGAGAGAGACCAGCUGAGGAGGAGUCAUGUCCGAUUUGGACGACGAGACCGACACUUCGUGCGGGGAGGAGCAGGUCAUUUCGGACUGGGAAGUCCGAGAGGAGUGGCUCGAGAGCUUGUUCACCAAGUAUCAUGGGGAGAAGGUCAGGAUCCUACGGUUCGAAGCGAAACCCGAGUGCACCAGCGAAGGUGCACUGAGCUCCAUCACUAGCGUUUGCGUUAAAUACUGGCUGAAUGCUUGUCAAAAUAAGUACCUGAGGCCGAUUAUCAUAAAACAGCUACCUAAGGAUCCGUUCAGCCGUUUCUUCGUCACCGAGGGCCAGUUCGAUCUCCGAGAGAUCAAAUUUUACACGCAGGUAAUGCCGGAUUUAAAGAGUUUUAAGGAGAGACAGAUUCCCAAGAUGAGCAGCUUCGAGACAGACAUCAAAUUGUCGGUCCCGAUAUGCUUUGACGCUCAUUAUAUUCCCGCAGGCGGGACCGACGACAGCCCGGUGCCGCCGGAAUCGAUACUAGUGUUGGAUGACGUGCGUGAUGGUCGCAAGAGCGUCAAAUUUUCAGAAGGACUGACCCGCGUUCAAACGCAGGCCGCGCUAGACGCCAUCGCCUGUUUCCAUGCUCACUCGUUGGCGAUGAAAGUCGUGGACGGGCAGUCUCUACCGGAGCGUUAUCCGUUUCUCUUUCAAACAGGAAAGGCGACCGACUCGUAUCAACAAUUGGUGGAGCGCGGCUUACCACAGCUGGUGCAUUUUCUAGAGAGCAGGCCGGGUCUGGACGCGAUCCUUGAGAUCCUGUUGACUCUACGACCCCGUACCAAAGAUAUAAUCUCGUCUCUACUGGCCCCAGACGGCCCGAUGGCGCUGAUUACUCACACCGACUUCUGGAGUAACAACCUGAUCUUCACUCACGAUCAGGUGAACCCGUACUGUUAUAUCGUCGAUUGGCAAAUGGUCACUUACAGUCGACCGACGAAUGACGUGGCGCUGCUGAUACUGAGCUCAGUGCCGACCGAGACGCGUCGCAAGUACAUUGACCUGUUUCUGGACAUGUACUGGAGCAAACUCAACUUCACGUGCUCGUGUCUCGGCGUGGAUAUUCAGAAAGACUUGGAAUAUACUCGAGAAGACUUCAACAAGGACUACAGAAGAUCUCAGUUGCUGGCGCUUUUACUUUGUAUCGGUUCCGUGGACGUUGCGCUCGGUGAUCCCCGCACUGAGCAACGACUGCUCGACGUUCUCGAAGAUCUGUACAAAGACGGCGUGCUGACGGACGAAGCUAUCGUCACGACGAACGAGGCGGAUUCUUAAUCAACGCUGCCACCGUCGAUUCACCGAACGCAGCGCCGAACUAACGUUUCUAUCCCGGGCUGUGACUCGAAGCGAGGAUGAUCAUACGAAGCGAUAAACACUUUGAUAGCCCAUCCGUAGCUUAAAGACGCGAUCUUGGUGUUCCCGAUCGAACGGAGAUUCAAGCUAGAGCAACGACGCGAACAACACGAGCGCUGAAGGAGGGUAGUUGCGAAAAUGUUUGCCGGCGGCAAACGCCGGAAGAAUAUAGUGGACGUUAGAAACUUGUGUUAUACUCGGUCUCUUCACUACGUGACGAAAUACUAUAGACGAGCGAGGGGAAAUCGAUCGAAGUCAGUAUGCUUAAACACGACACGAUAGAUGUCUCGGUUAUACAUUAGUGUAAGCUUUGACAUCCUGUUGGAUAUUACUCCUUAAAAGCUAGAGCGACACACACUUUAAUGACUAACUCGUGCAAGAAUCACCUUGCCAAUGCGAUGAAAGUCUCAAAAGUAAGGUAGGAUACAAUCGGAAGCACGUUUUUUCUAAGUGGUGUUACGCAAUAAAGAGAUUGACUUUA